AUGAGUGUCGAGUCGAGACCUUCGAGGGCUAGGGACAAAGGUCACGUGACUCUGAGGUGGUACAGUCAUCCUGACGGCAUGCCGACAGCGCGUGUCAAUCCCUACGCCAGAGUGCCUAGAGAAGGUAUAAAACGGCCCGACCUGCAGCACACGUGCUUACUUCUCUUCCUGCGGCUUCGGCCUCACGUUCUCCACCGCUCCGCAUGUGCCAAAUAA